AUGGCGAACAAUAUCAUUGACAGAGUUCGAGGCCGGACUGACACCGUGCUUGUCCCCAUGAAUGAAGUGGGGAUUGCAUUCUGGUCAUCAACAAGACAUUAUCUUGCUACGGAGGGACUCAACGGAUGCACUGGUGUCGCAAUUAUCUCUAGGACCGCCGGUAUUCUCGCACAUAUUGCGCCAUUACCACCUAAUACACAGUCAAACAAUAACAACUCUGGCCAUGAGAACCUUGUUAGGAAGAUGCAACGGGUGAUCACUCUUUACAACACAUAUAGGGCGCACUUUCCUGAAGGGCGAAGCUGCAUCGUUGCCGCUGUCUACCAGAAUGCGGUUGCAUUACCAGAGGCAGUCCAAACGAUAACGGCUGUCCUGAACCGUCUGGGGCUUCCCAUUAAGAUCACCUACUACAACGUCCUGGAAUCCGGCACGGCUCGCUUCCCCGGUCAAACAUCUAUCGUCAUCGAUGCUAAUGCUGGAGGGUGGCCGAAGAUGUAUGUCAACAAUCAGGAGGUUCGUUACACUUAA